AUGCAAAUAUCAACAAGUACAAUAUUUUCAGCACUAGCACUACUUCUUCUUUCCUUAUUACUACAUGUGAGUUCUCAAUCAGAAGAUUGCCAACAAGUUAUCGUUGGUUUAGCACCUUGCUUACAAUACAUACAAGGAAAUGCUACUACAACUCCAUCGUCAGGUUGCUGCACACAGCUUGCUACUAUAGUGAAGACGCGACCGCGAUGCGUGUGUCAUGUUUUUAGUGGUGUUAAUGUCAAUCAAACACUGGCUAUGGCUCUUCCUAAAGCUUGUAAUGUUCAUAUCACUCCCUCUCUUACACUAUGUCAAGCUACUUCCCCAGCUGGUUCUCCACUCUCUUCAUCCACUCCUUCAGGAGAGGGAUCAAGAACUUCACAAAGUGAGGAUUCAUCAAGAGGAUAUUCAUUGAAGCUCCCAUAUUACUCUCUUUUAUUUACCCUUGUUAUAGCCUCUUUCUCACUGUUCAACACCAUCUAAACUCAAAAGCGUGUGUGAAAAGUCAAAAAGAUCAAUAAUGUUCUCACUUACCUUUCAAUGUGACUCAAACCCUGAACCUA